UGCUUACCACCCAUCCUGCUUCUGUUGGUUUCAACCCACCAGCCUCCGCCUCUUGAGCUAUGCUGAUCCUAUCCUGUCCUUCCAAGUUGCAACUGCUAGAGGGGAUUUUGAGGAAGAGCCUUCCUCAAACCCUUUCGGUCCAUGGAGCAGUAAUGCACAUAAACCGUGGGAACCCAGCAGGGCAUGAGGUGCUUGUGGAUUCAUGGCCAAAGUUCAAAGCUGUCCUCACCCGGCCUCGCAGAGAGGUUGCCACAGAUGAUUCUGAUUGGUAUACCAACAUGUAUGCAGCAUUCUACCACAAUCUUGAUGUGUACCGAACACUCUUGCAGGACACAAAUGUUGUCAACUGGGCCCAAACCUUCCGUAUCCAUGGGCACCAGGACGGGAUAUGUGAAGCCUCCCAAGACGCUGCUGUGACUAAGAAAGUGCAGUUCUCACCAUCUUCCUACUUCACUUACUUGCACCGUGUUCCAAAUAAAAUAUGUGCACCUCAGCUAGAUCCCAGCCUGAGACUUUCCACUUUAAAUAGCUCCCAUGUUGACCUGCUGGAUGAAACAUGGGCCUAUGGGGGCAAUGAACACAGUCAUGAGUACCUGGCUACUUUGGUGCGCUCCUUCCCCAGCAGCUGCAUCCUGGAUAACAAUGGGCACCUGAUCAGCUGGAGCCUCUUUGAUCCUUUUGGUGCAUUGGCACAUGGCUAUACACUUCCAGAGUAUCGUGGUCGUGGCUAUAUCAGUAUAGUCAAUAAAGUAUUGUCCAUGCAUAUCCAUGCAUCUGGCUACCCUAUAUAUGGCAAUGUAGCCCUCGAUAAUGUGCGCAUGCAGAAUUUAAAUGAACACUGGGGAUUUCAGAAGUUAGCUGCAUUAUGCCAUAUCAUUUUGCAUAUUCCUAAAUCCUCUGAUGUUUCUUGA